UGCUCUGUGUUCGACUCUGCUGUCUGAAGUCGAUCGAUGCUUCCGGUUCGAUGAAUUGUGGCUUCUAAACAGUGCAUAUGGUUGGUUUGUUGGUUUAGACGAGUGAACAGCAAGGACCGUGUUAUCGUUUCAAGCUGACAGGGAGCAUGGGUCGGCGCUCCUCUGACAGUGAGGAGGACGGUCGGAGCAGGAGGAAAAGAAAGCAGCGUCGCCGCUCCUCAUCUUCCUCCUCUUCCUCUUCCUCAUCCUCUGGCAGCCGGGUGACCAGCAGCCGGAGCAGGAGGUCAAGUCGUAAGAACAAGUCUCGCAGCAGGGACAGGAACCGGAGGAGGAGACGGCAUUCCAGCAGCAGUUCGUCCCACAGUUCGUCACGCAGACGAAGGAGUCGCAGUGCGGACAGGGAGAAAGGGAGGAGCCACCGCUCACACAGGUCACGCAGCCGAGACAGAGGGUCUCCUUCUCGCCGCCGCCGGUCUCGCAGCAGGAGCGGCAGCCGCAGCCGGCGGAGCAGCCGCCGCCGCAAGAGGAGCCUCAGCUCCGGCCGCCGGAGGAGCCGCAGCCACAGCAGGGAGCGCGAUCGCAGGGGCCACGACCAGGAGAGAGACCGAGGUAGAGACCGCGACAGGGAGAAGGACAAGAGCAAAGACAAGACGGAGAAGAAGUGGGAUGACGGGAACAUCAAAGGCAGAUUAGAACAUCUGACUCCGGCAGAACAGGCUAAAGUUCGCAUGCAUCUGGUCCUGCAGGCAGCGGCCAAGACGGACGAGGUGCUGAAGGCCAAAGUUGCCAAAAGAGAAGAGGAGGCGCGGAAGAAACUGGAAGAAGAGGGAACUUCUCUGGAGGAACAAGUGCGAAGGAUAAAGGACAUUGAGGCCAUCGAGAGUGAUUCCUUUGUUCCUCAGGCUUUCAAAUCAUCCAGGGAUGAUAUAAAGUGCUGGGCCGUCUGUCCAGAGACAGCCCAGACCAAAUCAAACAUUCCCAUUCAGCUCCAUUUGUUCCAACCUGAGACGGUUUCAUCAGGCGCUCCACUGUUCACCGCCUCCAAAGCGGCAGCACCCACACAAAAGCCACAGCAGGCACCAGCCAUCCUCUGCCUCCCGCUCUCUCUCUCCCUCCCUCUCUCCCCCCCUGGUUGUGUAGAUGAAGACAAACACAGGAGUCAUUAUUGAAAUGUUCCUCUCUCUGAAGGAGCAGGAAUUCGAUUUGUUGGGGCUCAUGGCUGUUUUGAAAAGAUAAUGGCACCAAAGCUACAGAGUUUCUGGACGCAUCUUGGUGAGCAUGACAAAGGUCGAGGCCCACGUGGCUGCUCUGAGGCAGUGGGCCCUGGUCUGGACACGGAGCACAGAUUGCACACUGUAAUGCAGUAAACAUGUCCUUUUCCAAAGUUGUUCGCACAGCGAUCCCCACGUCACCACAUCCAAUCACGCAGUCGGCUCAUCGCAGUCCAAAUGAAACUUGAAGCCUUUCAGAGCCGAACAGGUGACACUCGACCUUCUGCCUGUCUGUUCAGCGUGUGCGCAGGCUUUGGUCCAGUGCAGUUCGCUUUGGUUCAGCUCCAGCACGUCUGUAACUCCCUCACUCAAAUAUAAACUCACUUCACAGGAAAUAGACUCAAAAUAGACUCGAAAUACUUCAACGAAAUACAAAUUCAAGACAUCAACAUUUUUUUAGAGCAGCUUUGUCCUGGUUUGAGGAUUAUUCUUUCUUGUCAUUAGUAAAAUAUUAUUUAGAACAAAUAAUCUUUCCGAUAAAGAUGAAUUAUCAUCAUGUACAACACAUUUAACUAAACAAAAGAGAAAUAAACCUACUAAAACUUACUACUAUUUAACGGAUAUAUCUUAUCUUCAAACUAAGUCAUACUAAAAUAACGCAAAUAUAUAUUUGUUGAUUUGUGUAAACUUAUUUCGUUUUAUUAAUAUGGAUUGAUUAUGGGGAACUCUUAAUGAUGAACAGUACAGCUUUGAGUAAGCAUCAUUCCAAAGAACUGUAAUGACCAGGUAUGCUUUUAAUAUUUGGCUCAUCAUUAUACUCAUUAACCAGUGUGUUUUAUAUCCCUUAUACUUUUUCUGUCCUGCCAAAAUAUUUAAAAAAAGAUGUUUCCAACCGGGUAAACAUUUGCUCUGGGCCUGGUAUUAGAAGUGUUUGAUACAUGAAGGACUUGGCAGAGCAUUAUUCUGAUGUGUCCUCUUCAUCAGGUACAACAAGGCCACCAGGUAUAGGGCUUAUUAUAACUUUAGGUAAAAGCUCUCGGGGUGGAGGAAGUUGCCUUCUCAUUAUCAUAAUCCCUUCCAUCGGCUUGAACCCAACAGAUGGCGACGUGAGGGGGACAGAGAGCCUUCGUCCUUAAAAUGGUCUUUCACAAAAAUUCCUUUUGCUGUGACAGUAACACAAUGUGCAUACGUUCGCCUGUCACAGAGCAUUUUCUUUUUUGAAUAUUUUUAAUAAUUGUCAGCAUUAAAAGGACCUGGUACCUCACAGCUGAUCUGGAGCCUGAGCUCUCACAUUGAGUUGUUCGUUGAACACAGUGAACUCAUUUACAUGACAAUCCGACAGUAUUGGUGUUAGUCUUGAUUAAUAUCUGUAUUCAGUCUUUAUUAAUGCAUUCUUCCAUAGAUUAAUGACACGUAAGCCACAUUAAAAAAGUACAGAUGACUGUGUUGGCCAAUCAUUUACUCCCAUCUGCUGGACAGAUGUAAAAUUGCAUGUCAAUUUGUACCAUGUCCAACUUCCACAUACUAUCUAUGUAAUGCUGUACAUGCUGAUCCCUAUAGAAACGAGAACCCGCUGGAAUCUAUUCAUACAUUUGAACAUGCUCAUUUUUCUGUCUUGCAUAUU